CCAGGGGUGGACUGACCAUUUGGAAACUCGGGCACUGCCUGAGGGCCCGGGGUCAGUAGGGGGCCCCAUGAGAUGCCCCUGGUACCUUUUUCAUAGGCUUUUUGAGUUUGGGCAAGGACGCAGGGGCCCCAUGAUACCCUAUUGCUCGGGGGCCCCAUGAGUUGUCAGUCCACCCCUGCCUCCAGCCAUCAUCAGUGCCGCCUAUCAGUGCCCAUCAGUGCUGCCUAUCAGUGCUGCCUAUCCGUGCCACCUCAUCAGUGCCCA